GAGGAAGAAAUCAUGUGCUGGGUUGUACAAAUUAUACAAGCUCUGCGCUACCUCCAUCAUGAGCGCAUUCUCCACCGAGACUUGAAAACUGCCAACAUCUUCCUCACCCUCACCGAUCUCAUCAAGGUCGGCGACCUUGGCGUCGCGGCCCAGCUUGACAGCUCCCUGGACAUGCGAACAACAUGUGUCGGCUCGCCCUACUAUUUGUCCCCAGAGGUGUGUCAAGACGUACCAUAUAAUACACGGUCGGACAUGUGGUCGCUCGGCUGUUGCAUAUACGAGCUGGCCACGUUGCGCAAAGCCUUCAAGGGCAAUAAUCUGCUCUCAGUCGUCAACAAAAUUUGCAGCUGCAAAUACGAGGCGGUCGAUGAGUCUUGUCCCGAGGGUGUGGCACAUCUAAUUACCAGUUUGCUUCAAGUGGAACCCAAUGAUCGCCCAACCACCGUCGAGCUGUUGGAUCAAGACUACGUGCGCACGUACUUGGCUGUCUUGACGCAUCGGCUGGAAGCACAUCAGCUUUUGUACGUUCUUUUUGGCUCUUCACCUCAGUUGUCCUGA